ACAGUUUAUUUCUGACUCUCGUGCCAAGCGCAACGUCUGGCGGACCACGUAUCUUUUAGUAUCGUAUCGGUCAGAUACUUUAUCCCAGCGUGUGUGUGUGGUGUGUGUGUGCAGUGAGUGCUUGGGUGUGUUGGUUUCUAGCAAAAAUGCAAUAUUUACCAUUUGACAACAUCAGAUGAAUCAGCAGCUAUAGCGUGCUAGUGACUAAAAGUCUCCAGUUUAGAUCGGCAUUUCAGAAUUUCCCCAAGUACUGGACAGUGAAAUAUGUUUGUGAUUCUCGGCUUAGCACAUUUGGAAAGUGAAUAAUUGGAAAUGCAUUUUUAAUCGGAAUACUUGGCCUGAAAGAACAGGCCUUAAAAUUCAAAGCAAACAUUUCGUAUUAUGUUUCAAGUACUUAUUUCAUUAUUAAAAAUAACAAUUCCACCUGCAAUGUUUUGUUUGCCACAUUUUCGCGUUAAAGCCAUCGUUUCUUUUUGACUUUGAGAUUGUUUAUUGGAAAUUUUCAAGUCAGGUGGUUAAUGCGGUUGAAGCAAUAAAGUCAUAAUUACUUAAAAUUAAUAAUUAAAGCCUUCCAACUUACCUUAGGCAUAUUGAGAAAAGCCAAAUUAAUGAAAUCGUCAGCCCCUUCACUUUAAGGUCCAAACAGACAUAAGAUAAAAUACAUUUUUUAUAAGGUCAUUUCUAUAUGACUAGCCUUAAAGUGAUACUUAAAUGAUUUAAUAUAAUUCUUGCUUUGUACUAUAGUUUUGUAUUGGUUCAGGCCUUGUAGACCAAAAGACCGAAAAGUUCGCAUUGAGAAAAACGGAACCCUUUCACUUUAAAGUCCACAGAACCUCAAGAUCGUCAGUGCAAAAAUAAAAAAAAAAUAAAAAACACGAAAACAAGUUUCGCAAAGAGUCGAAUGUCGCAGAGCCGCGGAAAGCAGCCUGCCAUAUUCCAUAUCGAAUAACCAAAACCAAAACCAAAACCAAUAUAAGUGUUUUUCUCGGUACAUCGUAUCCAACUAGCACCGUUGCAGCUAGUUCGUCGUGGCCUAUAUUCAAAAUAGAUCAGCGAUCGGGGGAUCGGUGUAUGUAACUGCAACUUCAACUGCGACUCCAACUCCAACUCCAAAUCCAAAGCGUACUCCAACGGAAAACUGCAACAAAAGAUGAAGAGAGCGACUGGAGCCAUGUGAGAACUUAGUCAGCGACGAAGAGCUAAACUUAAAAACUAGUUUCCCAUUUGCGCGCUUAUGCUAAGUAAUAAUAAUAAAUAAGCGAAGUCGUUGUUCGCCGUUCGUUCGAGAAGUGACCUAAAAAUACUGGUUUGGUGUGCGGUUUGCGUGAGAACAUGGCCACAACAGCCGCCGGAGCAACGGCCGUAGUGAAGCGGCCCGGACCACCAGUGCCGCCCAGACCAAAGGCAGUCGCAGCCUCCUCGGCCGCCUCGGUCGCCAAUGCCGCCCCACCGAUCAUCCAAAAGAAGCCCACUUUUGUCAGCCAGCUGAGUGCAGUGGGUCGCACCCUGGUCUACAAGUCGCCAUCAGUGCAUUUGCCCAAGAAGCAGGCCCAGACUCAAACCCCAACCACAGCGGUGCCGUCUCCGACUCCAGGUCAAACCCCGACUCCAUCGCCAGCCCAGACUCCAAAUCCUACUCCUCCUGUCAAGCCCUUAAAGCUGCGAAAAGCUCCAGAUGUGCCAACUGCGAAGCCCAGGGAGGGCUUGGCCACCACUUCGGUAGUUACGGUCAACAGACACAAUUCCAUCAGCGUCCUGGAGGGCACUCCGCAUACUACUCCCCGCAAGGAUACCCGCUUGAGUCUGGGCAAGGUGGACUUUGAGAGAGCUGGACUCCAGCCGGCAAGCCAGCCACUUCCGAGACCCAGAAAAAUAGUCCAACUGCCAGUGGCGACUCUGGAUGUGGAGGAUAUACCAAAGCCGGCACCCACCCCAUCCACAGGACUCUUCCGUCGCUCCAAGACCACUCUGGAUAGCUACCAGAAGGAGUCUACGGGAGUAGCCAACAAUGGAGGAUUCCUGGGUGGCAGAACAGUAGAGAUCAAGAACAAUCUUAAGAACGCAGCUGAGCGUCUUUUUUCGGAAAUCAUCAUCAACCAGGUCCAGAAGGGUCAAAAUGCUAACGAUACGACCAUCAUAACCAAGCACGAGGCCUUGAAGCAAGAGUCGGAAGUCCUCAUACAGACCACAGGUAACUGCAUGAGGAUUAAUGUGAACGGAGGAGCUCCAGUAACCACAAGUACCAUCAAGAGUUCCAUCAGUGUGGGUAAUACCCCGGAAAAGAAGCCGGCUUUCCACGAGAUGCUCAUCUCCGAGUUGGCUGCCAUGCGGAAUAAGUCCUGUUCCAUGGAACAGUUGCCCACCAAAUCGCUAUCUUCCCUGUCCACUUCCACACCCAAGAAGCUGACUCCUCGUCGCCGCUUCAACUCCAUUGAAGAUCCCGAUACAGAGGAUGUGGAUGCGGACAACGUAGAGGAUGCCGAUGGAGAUGUCGACGAGGAGGAUACACUAACCUUCACGGCAAACAAGAAUCUAAAGGACAGUAAUGGAAAGGAUAUCCCAUCUACGAGGAAACGUUGCCCAUCCGGCUGCUCCACAGAUUCCUCGCCGUAUGGAACUGAGAGAUCGCAGCGCAUUCGCACCUCGGACUGGAUCGAGGUGGGCGACAAUGGCACUCAGGUGACUCUGACCAGUUGUCACAUCAGCCUGGAGGACUCUGGUAUGGAGGAUGAGGAGCGACUGGACGACAUGUCGUCAGGAGUGGGAGAUAGUUGGGACAGCGUCAAGGAAGCUGAGACCGAGAAACGUUCACGCAAUACAAAACGUGGAACCUCGUCUUGUGAGCUACCACCCCUGCCCAAGUCCCUAAUUGGCUUCAAUAAGCUUUUGUGCUCCGAUUCGGGAUUACUUAGCGAUGUCGAGGGUAGCAACAAUAACAAUAACAACAGCAACACAUGCAGCGAGAUCAACCAAAAACCAAACGAUAGCCUGGACAGCAAUGAGAAUGCCAGCGACAAGUCAACGCCCGCCUCCCCAAACGGAAACAAGGCAGUUCCUGCACUGGAAACGGAGGCGAAGUCCACCUGCUUACCAGCCAAAGGAAGCCCCCAGGUCGUCGAGGCGGGCAGCACUCUGGAUGCACAAAUUGCGACGCUAAGGAAGGAAAUGAUCUGUAAUUUCUGGUCAAGCCGACUAAUGCCAUUAGCACAAUUCUGCUCGGAUCUACUUCCCACAGUUAACCCUGCAAAACGGACUGCGUCAACUAGAUCUCUCGUUGCUGUCACAACUGUGGGUGCUUAACGAAUCGAUCCAGGAGUUUCGUGCUCUGAUCGAGGAGCAGGAGAACGAGGACGAGGACGACGAGGAGGACAACCUGAACGAGGUGGACGAGGACGGCAACCCUGCGUUGGUGGAGUCCAAGGCGAAGCAUCUGGGAACCAUACCGAAGGUGAUAACCACACAGCCAAAGGUGAUACGGGAUGCGAUGGCCAAGCAGGCGCAAUUGCAGGGGCAGGAUCAAAAACCAGUGCCCCGAAUGCGUAGUGCCCCGCCCCCACCACCGCCGGUAACCGUUUCCGGAGUUCUGAAACCACCGGCGCCCUCACGGCCCACAUGAUGUUACCUCUCGGACUUCCUCGCCGGAGUCAAGAUGGUCAUGUGCAAGGCGAUUGUGAGCGAUGUGUCCGCUUCCUCUACCACGACCUCGACUUCGACCUCGAUAUUGUCGACCCCGUCGUCGUCAUCUCUUUUACGGAAUGGAAUCGGAUCCUAACCCGAAGAUGUCGGGACCAGGAAUCGUAGUGGCUACGGAAUCGAAGUGCUACCAUGCAUAGUUAUAGUUAAGUAGGAUCGACUCACGAGCGAACUGAUCAGAAAUUUGGAGUUUAAAACGCUAGAGCUGAGCUUCCAUUCAAAUGUGGAAAAUCGUCUUGACAGUAAAGAUAUCUAAAAAAUAAUAAAUCCUACAAAGCUAUGCUUACCUCAAUUUAGGAAGACCCAAAAUAUAAUAAUGUAAUCAAUAGAAUUCGUAAGACCAAACCUCUAGGCUCUAGAACGGUUAGGAGUCCUUUGUGAUCUUCAGUUUUAAGCUUAAAUGUACAUUUUUUCUUGUGGUUUUCGGGCUUGAUGAUGAAAUGGGUUUACCAAUUAUACCUUUUUGUUUUUGUUUUAAGAAUAGCUGUCGAAUUAUGUCUGAUCUUCUGCCAGUUACAUGUGUAAAUAGCAAUUUUCCCGGCUAGCUGCUGAACAUUUUUUAAAUCUAACGAAAAGCGUAAAGAAUAAAUAAAUGAGCAAAUAAAAAAAACUUAAACGAA